AUGCACGGCAGAGAUUUAAGACGAAAUCACGGUGGUAAUUAUAAUCAUUAUGGAUAUCAAAAUAGAAAUAAUAAACGAAGUGGUCCUGCACGUAAUCAUGUAAUACCAAGUGAACCUCCGUAUACAGCUUAUAUUGGUAAUGCACCAGAUACAAUGGUACAAGGUGAUUUUGAACAUCAUUUAUUUGUUGGUCUUAAAGUAAAACAAGUUCGAUUAAUACGUGAUCGACAAACUGAUCGAUUUCGAGGCUUUGCCUAUGUUGAUUUUGAGGAUGCUGAUUCAUUACGUAGUGCCAUUGCAUUGGAUGGAACGUGUGUUAAUGAUCAGCCUAUUCGAAUUGAUGUUGCCAGUCGAACACUUGGUGCAACUAAAUCAGAAGGCUUUCGAAAUAAAUCUGGUUUUGAAUCACGCAAUAGUCCUCGUCAGCAAUCAUCAGGCCAAAAUAAUAAUAAUAACAAUCGAUCCGGUGGUGGAUUUCGUCAUGAUGGACAAGAUCAUAAUAAACAAAAAAUUUCUCAAGAUAUUGAUGAUGGUUGUUAUGGAAAUGGAUAUAAUGAUGAUUAUUAUGAUCAAAACAAUUCAAAUGAACGAAAGUCUCAAGUAGAUAAAGAACAACCAUCAUCAACAUCACGUAAAGUAUCUGAUGAUGUUUUUAUUACAUCCGAUUUACUAACAUCAAAUGACAAUGAAAAUUAUGAACAUAAUAAUAUUAAACAAGAUCUUACAAGCAUGACAAAACAACAAACACGAAAUUGGGCUGAUUGUCCUAUUGAUGAUUCUGUUGUUGAAACAUCAUCAUCAUCAAAUGUUAAGAAUAUUUUAACUAGUGAUGAUGUUGAUGAUAUUCAAUUUGUUUGUGAUAAAACGUCAAAAUUACCUACACCUUCACGUUUAAUGGGUAAUCAAUCAAUACGUGGACGUAAUUCUCGUGGAUUACAAUCAUCACAAAUAUCAAAUGAUGAACGUCGAUAUUAUGAUCAAAUGUCAUCAUCAUCAUCAUAUCCAAAUCAAUCUCAACAAUAUUAUCAUCAUCAUCAUAAUUCUCAAAUACAAUUGCCACCUGUUCAUAUAGGUUUAUCAUAUCAUCAUGAUCGAAAUCAAACAUCAUUAGGAUCUCGACAAAAAUCAAAUUUUAAUAAUCGAAAUUAUAGAGAUGAACAAUCGAAUAGAGAUGGAAAAUGUUUAACAUCAACAACUAAUGAUAAUAGUUUACAUGAUACCGAUAUGAGUACAAUAUCAUCUGAAAAUCGACCACGUUUAAAUUUAUUACCGCGUUCACAAAAAGUUUCAUCAUCAUCAGAUGAUAAAUCAUCCGUAGAACCAUCAACACGAAAUGCCAGUAUAUUUGGAUGUGGUAAACCACGUGAUGAACAUGAUCCGAAAUUGGCUGAAUUAAAUAAACAUAUUGAAGAAAUAGUUGAAAAAGAACAACAUCUUUCUCGUACGACAUCGACUACAUCAAAUGAAUCGACAAGUAGUGUUACCAAGCCGGUGCGAAUUUUAACUGCAAGAUCUGAAUCUUCGACUGAUCAUUAA